AUGGAGGAGAGCAAAGAGAAGCAGUUUGUGUGCAGGUUCUGUAACAAGAACUUCCCUUCUGGGAAAUCACUCGGAGGUCACAUCAGAAUUCACACCACCGAGUACUCUGUUAGUUACAAUCGCAAAGGCUUGAGAAAGCAUCCUAAGAACAAGAACAAGCGAAAGAUUACGUCUCUGGAACAACUUUCUUGUGGAGAAUGUGGCAAAGGAUUCGUUUCUUUGAAAGGUCUUGAAGCUCACAUGGAUUGUCACUCUGAGGGAGAGAAGAUGUUGAGGGAUAUCCAAUCUGACACUGAGACUUCUUCGUCUCCUACUACAAGGAAAAGAUCCAAGAGGGUUUUCGAUUCAGUAUCUUUGAGUAAUGGGAGCUUGUCUUCUGUUUCAGAGAUUGACCAAGAUGAUAACGCGGCUCUGACUCUGAUUAUGCUCUAUAGGCAUUCGAAAGGUCACAACUUGGUGGCGAGCUCUGUGGCUGAGUCAUCAGAAAACAACUCUGUGGUUCUGGAGACCAAGUCGUCACCUUCAGAGGAAAAGCUAGUGAAGAUGUUCAGUGAUGUCAAGAUUCAGGCUUUAGAGGAUGAUAAAGCUGCGGUUGAUGAACAGUUACGAUUUGCUGCUGAUGUUGAGGAUGAUAAUGGUGCAGUUGAUGAAAAAUUGAGAUCUUCUGCUGAUGUUGAUGAUGAUAAUGGUGCUGUGCUCUGUGAUUCAGAUAGCUCUGAUUCUGAUUACUUCAUGUAUGGUCCAAAGAAAUCUGAUUCAGACAUUUCCGUUGAUCAGUCUCUGAAGAACACUGGAGUUGUUGCAUCUGGAUUGAGUUAUAGUGAUGAGCUCAGGGUCAAGGAGGGAGGAUCAAAGCACUAUGAGCUGAGCAAAAGGAAAAGGGUGUUGCCUUCUUAUGAAAGUGAUUCUUGUGCGGAGACAAGCAGCAAGAUUCAUAGGUCUAGUGAUAGUAAAUCUCCAAUGGUGAAGAAAGCAAGUGGAGGUGGUGCAAAGAAGAAGAGAGAAGGUCACGUGUGCCCAAUUUGCUUCAGAGUGUUCAAGUCAGGCCAAGCUUUAGGUGGUCACAAGAGAUCACAUUCCUUUGCUGUGAACCAAGAACACAGGAUCGAACAACAACACCAAGUAGCUGAAAUGCAUCAUCAUCAUGACCAAUUCGAUCUCAAUCUUCCUGCUACGGAGUUUGAUGAAUGA